AUGUUGUUUAGGGUUUGUUCUGAUAAUAGGUUGUUUCCAGAGGCGGUUAGGGUUUUUGAUUAUGUGGAGGAAAAGGGGUUCGUGAUAGAGGAGAGGUCUUGUUUUGUGCUUUUGCUUGCUUUGAAGAGAUGUGGUGAGAUUGAGUUGUGUCUUAGAUUCUUCCGCCGGAUGGUUGAGUCUAAUGGAAUUGAAAUUAGGGUUCAGUCUUUGACACUUGUGAUUGAUGGCUUGUGUAAGAGAGGAGAGGUUGAGAAAGCUAAGGAGUUGAUGGAUGAGAUGGUCACUAAAAGCAUUGUGAAACCGACUGUGUUUACUUACAAUACGUUGUUGAAUGCGUAUGUUGGAAGAAAGGAUCGAAGUGGAGUUGGUGAGAUACUGAGGUUGAUGGAGAAGGAGCCGGUUGUUUUUAGUGUGGCGACUUAUAGUAUUUUGAUUCAGUGGUAUUCUAGUUCUGGUGAUAUUGGGGAAGUGGAGAAGAUAUUCGAGGAAAUGCGUGAAAGAAAAAUAGAAAUUGAUGUUUAUGUUUAUUCGUCCAUGAUAAGUUGGAAUUGUAGUUUGCAUGUUUUGUUAUUUACAAUUCUACUCUCCUCUUUCUCUUUUGAUGUGUCAAAACAGGUAACGAUGUUUAAGAAGAAUUACGACCAUCUUCCAAAGGACACAUAUUUUGGCACAUACAAAGAUUCUGUGCGCGGAAAUCCGAACUAUUUCCUGACUUACGGAAAUGGAAAAUCAGUUGCACGGGUACAAGAUCACCUUCGGCCUAACGGUGCACACAGAUGGCACAAUUAUAUGAAAACCCCAAAUGAAAUCAAAUUGGAAGAAGCUGCUGUUUUACAUUACACAUACGCCAAAUUCUCUGAUUUAACUUCUAGACGUGAUCGUUGUGGUUGCAAACCUACCAAAGAAGAUGUCAAAAGAUGCUUCAUGUUGGAAUUUGACAGAUCUGCAUUCAUCAUUGCUUCAACAGCAACUGAAGAAGAAAUGUUGAAGUGGUAUAAUGAGCAUGUUGUGUGGGGUGAUAAAGAGUUGAAGAUAAAACUGUUGAGGAAAGGAAUAUUGACCCGCAUAUACGCUCCCACGGUCAUAAUACAAAGUUUGAGGGAAUCCGGAGUAUUCAGCUCCAUCAUUGCAUCGGCGCCAACACUUUCCAAAGACAAGUUUUUGCAUUCAAUUGAUAGUAGCAAUUCAACAAGAGCUGUUGCCUCUAUAUUCCACUCAUCCAGAAAAGUUGGAAGAAUCAAAGAAUCUCAAGCAACUGCAAGGAGGAUUCUGGAUCUUGAAUCUUCUGUAUUUCAAGAAUCGGCCGUACCACCGGAGUCUCCUCCGGGUGUAGUAGAAGAUAGUAACCUCAUUUCACACUCAUGA